AUGAAUACCUGCAGGAAAUUCUGCGCCGCUCGUCACUCUGAGCUUGGCUACCCUCAGCCUCCUGGGGUCGGGUUCACCGAAGAUGAAUGGCAUCAUUACCGCGGGCAGCGCCUGCUCAGUCUCCUUCCAGGAGACGAUGGCUAUGUGGCAUGGAUUGCUGCACAGAAUGCAUUCGUCGAGGGAACCCGUACUGCAUUUACCCCCUGUUACGGAGGCGGAAUCGACUGUGGAAGGCGCAGCUCGCUUGCGCGAGCUCAACCACCAUUCCCCGACAUUGCCCCCUUCUUUGGUGGGCAACGACUCAGACCUUUUGUCAGGGGCCGGCAGCGCCCUGUGCUCAAGUGGGAGCCUCCCAAGGGCCUUGAAUGGUAA